UCCUUUGUACCGCCACCGAGUUAGGGUGUGACUGCUCCAGGAAAGAUCGGACCUCUACAAUACAGGCGCAGGUGUUGCUUGGUGACAGACCUCCUUAAGAUCCUAAACACAAAACUUCUUACAUACGUAAAAGAAGAAGAAGAAGACGAAGAAAAAAAAAUAAUAAACUCACCUAAAUCUGAUGAGCACGGAGGAGUAAUCGAUGACUUGUGCUCUGCUGUAGGUCUGGGAGAGCUGGGCCACAAUGACAUGCGCCCGUCCACUCAACACAUCUCCUAUCAGCCCCGUCCAUCGCCCGUUGCUGAGGGAACCGAACUCACCAUCUGCUGGGGUGAUCACCGAGUACCUAAAGAGAAAAGUGGGCUGGACUGACUGUGAUGGUGUCCUGUCCCGGGUUCAAGGCGUGAGGAGAGACCACCCGUCACUGCACAUUCAGUCUGCGGGUGGCGCUGGGGUGCGGGCGCUGGGGCUACUCCAGCGUGACUGUAUGUGCUGACGUGGCCUCGGGUGUGAGUUGGGGCCUCGCGCUUGCUCCCUGCUGGCCCUUGCCCCUAAGACGCCUGGUACAAUGAGCCCUCCUUCGCCUUCUGCUGCUCACCACUAUCCCCGGUGUUAGAUGGCAACUAUGGUCGUGGCGCAGAUACCGCAGCCCCCACUCCCCAUUCGACAAUUUGAGAGUCGCACCGCGGUGCGUCCAAUCAGUACAUCUGGAGCCGCGGACGCUGUGGUGUAUCGCUUCUUCACACCACCAGUUCUAUCACUGAAAAGACAUGACAGCACCUUCCUUGUUCGGGGCCGUGCUCCGUCAUCAUAAAAACAGGGUCCUAACAGCAGCACUUCGGGGCCAUGGGCUGCGUUUUGCCUCCUUUGUCCGUCAGGAAGGUUACAUAGGUGGUCAGUGGGUACCUGCAGCAAGUGGCAAAUUGUUCCCUGUUACUAACCCGGCCAAUGGUGAGGUGGUGGGCAAUGUGGCUGAUAUGGGAGAACAGGAUGCACAGGCUGCUAUAGAUGCUGCCUAUAAUGCCUUCCAAACAUGGCACAAGACGACAGCCAAGGAGAGGUCAGAUCUCCUGCGUAAAUGGUACAACUUAGUACAGGAACAUAAGGAAGAUCUAGCACAUCUUAUGGUCUUGGAAUCUGGCAAGCCCCUGGUCGAGGCACGUGGGGAGAUAGCUUAUGGUAGUGCCUUCCUUGAAUGGUUUUCUGAAGAAGCCAGGAGAAUAUAUGGUGAGGUGGUGCCAAGUCCUGCCACCAGCAAGGAAAUCAUCUUCGUUCGUCAUCCCAUUGGUGUGGCCUCAAUGAUCACUCCGUGGAACUUUCCUAAUGCCAUGAUCACACGCAAGGCAGGAGCAGCUCUAGCUGCUGGCUGCACCUGUGUUGUCAAGCCAGCCGAGGACACUCCUUUCUCUGCUUUGGCUCUUGCUGAACUUGCUGAGAAAGCUGGAAUCCCUCCAGGUGUGGUGAAUGUGGUGACAGCUUCUCAUGACAACACUCCUGCUGUGGGCAACCUGAUGUGCUCCAGUCCUAAGGUGGCUGGUGUCUUCUUUACAGGUUCAACUCGUGUUGGGAAACUACUAUAUCGUCAGUGUGCACAGGGAGUGAAGCGUAUUGGUCUGGAGCUUGGGGGCAAUGCACCAUUCAUUGUCUUUGAUUCUGCAAAUGUCAAAAAUGCAGUGGCAGGUCUCAUGCUGGCUAAAUUCAGGAAUACAGGACAGACCUGUAUUAGUGCCAACAGGGUGCUGGUGCAAGAAGGAGUGCAUGACCAGUUCUUGGCUGCCCUGAAGGAAGCAGUUGAGCAGAGGGUGGUGGGGGAUGGCUUGAAAGAUGGAGUCACUGUGGGGCCACUCAUCAAUGCCACUCAGCUGAAAAGGGUUGAGAAGAUUGUGCAAGAAACAGUGGACUGUGGAGCCCACGUGGAGAUGGGUGGGUCAGUGCAUUCAGCUGGGGAAUGCUUUUUCCAGCCCACCAUCUUGACUGGGGUGACUGAAGACAUGUGUUGCUUUAAGGAAGAGAUCUUUGGGCCAGUUGUUGCUAUUAAAAAGUUCAAAACGGAGGAGGAAGCGAUAAAAAUUGCCAAUGCUACUGAACAUGGACUGGCCAGCUAUUUUUACAGCCAAGAUGUUUCUCAAGUGUGGCGGGUGGCACGGAGUCUAGAAGCAGGUAUGGUUGGCAUCAAUGAAGGUCUCAUUUCUACAGCUGAGGGUGCUUUUGGGGGCAUUAAGGAAUCAGGCAUUGGAAGAGAGGGUUCCAGGCAUGGCAUUGAUGACUACAUCUACAUUAAGUACCUGUGUUUUGGAGGUAUCAACUAGCUUCAUCCUUGUAGUCAUUUUUUAAAGUUAUAUUCUAAAAGUGAUUGUUGAAAUAAAUAGUUAUAAGCAGGUAAUGACAUGUCUUCCUAUCUAUAUCUGAUAUCUUCUCAAAGGAAUCCAUGGGGCACCUCUUGGUAGUAGCCAACUGGCUUAUAAGAGCACAUUUAGUAAAUAUAUUGGGAUGAUUGUGCCCUUAACUAACUCAGACAACUGGAAUUUAAUUAUAUCAACAAUAAUCAGUGUUCAGUAGAGAGUUGGGCUAAGACAUUUCUGGUCCAUACAGUUAUUUGUAAAAGUAAUGAAAUUAUUGAUAUCCUUUAUAUAAUCUAGAUUACUAAAUAAAAACCACUGGAAUUUUCCUUAUCUGAAUCUUGGGUUAUGUCUGUUUUAUGCCCCAAUAAGUUAAGCUUUAGGUGGCAUCUUGUGUCUGCCAGACUGCAGUCCCAUGUGAUUACUUACUGCUUAAUUACACAAUUGUUACAUGAAUCAAUCGGUUCCCUAAUUGCUAGGAAAAGUGUGGCACAAUGGAUGGCUGGAGUUUAUUGUUAUUAACUCUUCAGGUCUCAAGAUGGUAAGCAUUUUAAUUCCUUGACACUUAUUCUGUGCUGAAAUUUCUGAAGAAUUUACUCAAAAUCACUCCCUGUCCCACUGGAGCUUACAUGUUACUGGCUAUCAUGCCUAAGUCUAUCAACAGGUAUGCCAGUGGAUACAAAAUAUCCUGGAGUAGAAUUCAAAUUGAAGUAGGAUAACAGGUACACAUAAAUACAUCAUGCAGAGACAAGAACACGUGACAAGGCAGGCAUGCACACAUGCAAAAGAUAAGGGUGAAAUAUUUUCAAAUGCUUAGUAUCAUUUGCCACUGACAGUUGAUAACAUCUACCAAAAUGUUCUAGAUAUAUAGUUAUUCAUGCUAUUGGAGGCACAAAUGAGCAAGACUUUGUGAAGGAAAUCCUGUAAGAGUAGUUAGGUUUGUUCAACUGUGCUUAUAUACAUAGCGAGUUUGUGUGUGUGUGUGUGUGUGUAUAUAUAUAUAUAUAUAUAUAUAUAUAUAUAUAUAUAUAUAUAUAUAUAUAUAUAUAUAUAUAUAUAUAUAUAUAUAUAUAUAUAUAUAUAUAUAUAUAUAUAUAUAAGGCUUCUUUUUAAUAAUCUUAUUUUUGCAGUUUUGCAGUGUUUAUUAAUAUUUUUUUUAUUCUUGUGAAUUUGACAUACAUAACCUGUUUUCAAUUAAAAAGCUCUUUGAUAGGAUGGCUUCCAUGAUAAUUACUUAUGAAAAUUACCUUACAACAUAAUAUAUUGAGAAAAAAAAAAGUUAUAUCUUUGUUUUUACAAUGUUUGUCUUUAUUAUUAGAUAUAUAUUUUUAAUCACAUGUAUGAUAGUAUGAAAAUAGGAAGUAUUUCAACACAUGUAAUUUGUACCAAUAAUUUUUUCUAGGCAUCUUCAUUUACAGAUUUGAUUAUGAAUAUAUAGAGAAGAUAAUUACAUUGAGUGUACAAAUAUUAGAGUUUUAAGGGUCUUAUAUCUGUACUUAUGCCUGCAUUAUGAAAAAGGAAAAUACAGUGUUACAUUAAAGUGUCUGUGAGAUCUGGACUGAAAAGUGUGCAUCUCAGUAAGCUGUAAUUGACCAGCAAUUUAUUCCACAUGAACCCUUUGGUAUCUACAACAUCAAGUUGGUAAGGAAACUAAUUUUAUUAAGUCUUAGCAAAGAAAGAUUAAUUAUGUCCAUUAAUGUGGAAAAAUACAAAAUAAUUAUAAUUAAUAAUUUUGUCAAAAAAAAGAGAGAAAAAAAAAAUCAGGUAUUGAUAUUCAUAUAAAUGGGUGGAGAUGCCAGAGGUCAAGCUCCACAUAUUGCCCACCUUCCAUUUCAAUAACUGCUGAAGAGUUGAGCAUAAUGAUCCUUGGACAUAUUUCUGCAUCUGACAAGGUUCUAUCAAUAUAAAGCAAGAAGUAUGGCGAACAGGAAACAGUGAGCAGCUAUCAUGUAGAUAUGCUGCACAUUUUGAUGAUUUUUUUAUGAUUAAUAUGAUGUUUUUAUUUAGCUAAAAGUUUUAAAAACACAUUGUCUAUCAUUAUCAUUUCUCAUAUAUCAAGACUUUAUAUAUGCUACAGAUCAUGAACAAGUCCAGGACCAGAGAACUAUAGAGGGAUGCAGUGUAUACAUUCAGGCCUGAACUAGCUGAAUAGUCAGAUUUAUAGUGAAGGGGGCUUGAGGACUAUAAUUUGAUUUCUAUAUAUAUGUGAAAAAAAGGCUUUAAGUACUGCAGAGAACAAUACUGAAAUGAUGAUUUUGAUAAAGAAUAUGACAUAGUCUGGGAGCAAUACCAGUUUUCCAAGUUACCAAACUUUGCAUUCCAAAGUUAUCAAACUUUACAUUCCAUAAAUUCAAGUAGUCCUUCAAUGUUAUCAAAUUUUAUAUUCCAUAAAUUCAAGUGGUCCUCAACAUUCCAUUUUUGCAUUCACAACUGGUCUCUAGUUAUCCUUAUCUUGCACAAUUAGUCUUCCUUGCUCCACAGGGCUCUCUAGCACCCAACACACACUGUUUAACCAUCCCACUUGUGGUCUUCCCAUUACAGGCAAUUAUGUAUGCACAUUAUGCAAGACAGUGAGAAAAUUGCAUUAAAUUUUAGUAAUGACUAAUUAUUAUACAAAAUUAAGAGGUGCUUAGAAUCAGAAAUGAGCUACAAAAUAAAAGUGAAAUGUAAAGGAGAUGAAUAAGUGUUCAUGGACAGAACUAUAAAUGUUCAUCUGUACAAAUAAAUCAUUGACAGUAAAAGCCAAACAGGUACAGUAGUAGCAUGGAGAAGGAUUUUCAUGUAAUGUAAGGUUUUAGCCAUUUAACAAUUAUGUUGUGAAUGGUCUGAAAAGUUACAUUAAUUAAUCAAAUGUAUUAUUCUUUUGCAUUUGUUUGCUUAGCCCUACAGUGCUUGGGAAGUAAAAAAUAAAUAGAUAAAUAAAUAAUGUAAUUAAAAAAACUAAAUAAAAGUAAAUAGAUAAACAGAUUAGUUCUGGUAUUAUCUUGUAUCAAAUUAUUUUUUGCUUGAAUAGUUUAAUAUAUAUAUAUAUAUAUAUAUAUAUAUAUAUAUAUAUAUAUAUAUAUAUAUAUAUAUAUAUAUAUAUAUAUAUAUAUAUACAGGGUGUCCCAUAAGUUUCCAUACAUAGGAAAAAUUAAAAGACAGAAUUAUAGAAAAAACAUUUUUUAUUUAUAUAAUAUGCUCAACAUGACUGCCCUUGUGUUGAAAACAAAUUUCAGUGUGUGUCCUCCACUGCUAAAGAACACGUUCAAACACAUCUGGAUUUAUGCUUGUAAUGGUGUUUGUGAUACCAUAUGUAUGGAAACUUAUGGGACACCAUAUAUAUAUAUAUAUAUAUAUAUAUAUAUAUAUAUAUAUAUAUAUAUAUAUAUAUAUAUAUAUAUAUAUAUAUAUAAAAUACUAAACAUAAUAUGUAACAGCAGAUAUCUUAUCACACUGUUGUUUAAAAACACCAGGCUCAAUUAGAUGUGGAUAUUGUGGGCAGCCAUUACAUAUCUAUUUACAUGUAGAUACAUUAAAGAUUAAUCCAUAAGAUUUGUGGGAAUAUUCCUUAUGAAACUUGCAUUCUAUGAAUUUUUCAGUCUGUAAACCAGGUUAAGUGUGUGAACAGAGAAAGUGAAAGAUUUAACAAACAGUUUGCCCUUAUGUGAUGAAGGCUGACUUACCUGUAUGAAUGCAAAACUUGCCUUUGAAAAUCAAGAUGAUAACUGAUGGCUGAACUGAACCUAUGUUGCAGGAUGUGCAAUAUAAUAAUUUCAUAUCUGGAAGAGUGAAAAAAAAGUGUCCAAGUCCCAGUGUGUCAUAGAAAAUUUAAUUUCUUUAAUUACAGUGCACAAUAGUUAUAAUGAGGGAAAUAAUUAUGUUACAAGGUAUCUUUGCACCAGGAAAUUAUGAUAAAAAUCAACCUUACAUCCAAAUCUUGGAGAUCUAAAUUAAAAUAAAUAUUUUAUAUAUAAAACACUUCAUUAUAUUGCUUGCUAAAGAGCUGUUAUUAAGCUGUGGCCUCUUAGUACAGUGCCUCUUUACCACCAUGUGUGGUAUAUCACCUAGAUAUAAAUUUACUUUGUUAAUGAACUGGUAUUGAACACAUAUGAGUAAUAAAAAGAUGUAUCACA